GCUGGUUCUGUGACGCGCCAGUAGGCGUCGGAUAAACCGCUGCAAUAAAGAGCCAGAGGCAGCAGAGGCCGCUUAGCAGUGUAGAAGAGAGUCGUCCCAGCCUUAACACCCACACCGCCGUGCAUUCUUAGCUCAGUCCGAUCCGUGACUGUCCGUGUGACUGAGAAAUCUACAACGGCGGACAUGUUGCCACUCGGGCCUUCUCACUAACUAAUCUAUCAGUGUAAACAAGUCCGCUCAGUGGGUUGAACGUCCGACGACACAGCAAUUUAGAAUACAUUUUAUUGAUAGCCUGCUGGAUUUGGUGCAGCAGACAUGAGCAGCAAGGCUCUGCAAGCAGUCCCUGUCCACCCAUCCUUUCAGCUGGCCAAUUGCUCCCUCUUCCAAAGCACUACAGGUCUACAGCUGCCAGUAGAUCAUUUUCAAAGUCUAUACAGCUUCACUGCCCUGCAGACCAUACACCUUCAUCAGUGGACCCUCGGCUACCCACCUCUCUCCCUGCCCCGCUGCAUCUCCAAGGUGCCUCCUCAAUUCUCUAUGUCACCCCACACCCUCCUGCAGCCCAAACAGGACUCAGCAGUCCUGCAACAUAUCUCCAGACACAAGCCUCGCUUUGAUUUUGCCAACCUAGCAGUAGCAGCCACCCAGGAGGAUAAUGGAAAAGUGGAGGAAUUGAGCAUGGCAGCUACUGCUGCCAGUGUGGCACAGGCUUCAUCUCUUCAGUUGACCUCAGCCACUAUGGGAUGUCUACUGGAUGUAACCAAACUCUCUUCAUCAGAGCACAAGUCUGGUCGUGGUCGACUACUCUCCAAAACCAAAAAAGAAUUUGUCUGUAGGUUCUGUGGUCGACAUUUUACAAAGUCCUACAACCUUCUGAUCCAUGAGAGGACGCAUACAGACGAAAGGCCAUAUACAUGUGAUAUUUGUCACAAGGCCUUCCGGAGGCAAGACCACCUCAGGGACCAUAGGUACAUUCAUUCCAAGGAAAAGCCCUUCAAAUGUCAGGAGUGUGGAAAAGGCUUCUGUCAGUCCAGGACUCUGGCCGUCCACAAAACAUUGCACAUGCAGAUCAAGAACUGAAACCAGUCAAGAUCAAGUGAUUUAUUCGGUCAACAGGGGACGAAGCAGGACACUAGAAAAAUAUUGCCAAAGGCAACAACAUUCAGCCAAAAGCUUUUUCAUUUCAGUUGUUCAAGGUAGAGAUCUUAAUUUCAGCCCAUAUAGGAAUAAUAUAAAAUACACAUCCCAGCUACUGUAGCCUAAAAUCUUGAAAUGUGAAAAGGCUACAAGAGUACAACUAUGUGUGUGUGUAUGUGUGUGUGUGUGUGUGUGUGUGUGUGUAUGUGUGUGUGUACUUGUACAGCUAUCUUUCCGAGAACCAGUUUAAGUUUUACACCAUCAGAUUGAGGACAUUUGUGUAAAGUGAGGACAUUUUGGCUGGUCCUCACUUUUUUGGCCUCAUUUUUUGGCUGUUUUGAAGGUUAAAACUCAGUUUUAGGGUAAAGGCUACAAUAAGGUUAUGGUUAAGGUUAGUGUUAUGGUUAGGGUUAGGCAUUUAGUUGAGAUGGUUAGAGUUAGGGUAAGGGGCCAGGGAAUGCAUUAUGCCAAUGAGUGUCCUCACAAAGAUGGCCAUACAAACGUGUGUGUGUGUGUGUGUGUGUAAAGAUAUAUUAUCCUUUAUAUAAUUUAAAAAUAAGAAUGAUCAAAGUCUUACUAACUACAAACUGUACAUUUCCAUUAUUUGUAAAAGCAUACAUGUGUUAUGUUCUUAUAGAUGUAUUAUAUCAAAAUGUAUUUUUGCACUUUACAGUGAUUAUUAACCUAUUUACUGUACAUAUAUCACAGGAUUUUAUUCUUUAUUUUUAAAUAAAUAAUCAUUUUUAA